UUGAAAGAUGUUCACGACUCCCCUCCGGAUCAGUCUCCUCUCGUGCGAGUUGCGGGACACGUCCGACGGCUAAACAAGGUGGAAACGCUCGAAAAGUUCCCAGAAAAGCCUCGAAUCGGACUUUGCAAGGUUCCUGCAUGGUGCCGAUCUCAUUAGUAUUCGGGCUUGUGUCGGCCUGAGGAGCAAUGAAUAAACCCUACGAACGCAUCGAAAUGGACCUGUCGUUUGGAUCAGCCAAGCCUUACGGGUCCACGAGGAGUAUCGUGAGGAGGAUCGCGAGCAACCUUCCUCUCAAGCCCUGCCCCAGGGUGCACUUUCAGCUGCACCCGCUGGACGAGGAUGCGGACGUCCUGGGCAGGAGGAAGGAGCACGCCGUGGCCUCGCUCGCCGACGUUUCCUGGAUCGACCAGGAUGACGACGACGACGGCGAGGAGGAGGAGGAAGAUGACGGCAGAGCUCGGAAAUCGCGGCCACCCCAGGGCCUGGCGUUCCGUGGCCGCCCGCCCCGGCCCCGGAGACGCCCCCCGGCCAGGCGGCGCUCGCUCCCCAGCCUCCGCCCGGGCACCCCGGACCCCCAGGGCCCCGCGGCCGCCGGCGACGAGGCCAUCCAGAAGAUCAGCGCGCUGGAGACCGAGCUGGCCAAGCUGCGAGCGCAGAUAGCCCAGAUCGUGCUGGCCCAGGAGAAGAGCGCCCAGUUGGCUGUAUCCAACGGAAGCACCUCCGGGCCUCCCCAGCCGCCGCCUCCUCCUCCUCCUCCUCCACCCCCGCCGCCUCCUCUUCCUCCUCCCCCGGGACUCCAGCGCACCUUUUCCGCCCUGGACCUGAUCAAGGAGCGUCGCGGGAAAAAGACGCCAGGCCCGCCGCCGGAGGCAAAGGCGCACGCCGACGUCCCGAGCAUGCUGGACAUCCUCAAGGACAUGAACAAAGUCAAGCUGAGAUCCGUCAAAAGCCGCCCGGCGAGCGCCGAGAACGAGGAGAAGCUGACGGAGCCGACGGACGCGGCCGCGCUCAUCGCGCAGGCCCUCAAGAGGAAGUUUGCCCACACGUACCCGCAGCACAACCAGCAAGUGGACCGGGUCAAACAUUCGGCCGCGAGCCCGCUGUUUGGUCAGCACAUGUUGAGAUCAACGGGGAAGCGCGAGUUGGUUUAAAGGAAGGAAACGACUGCGCCUGACUGAAGAGGAAGAAGCCUGGAACGUUCCAAUUCUGUCUGAUUUAUUACUUUUAAUAUUUGUGGAGGCACAAAAGGGAUCUCUCUCUCUCUAUCAAGUCUGACCCUGUGUUCAGUUUUGGUGCAAUUUUUAUGUUGUAUGACAUUUAAUUAUGCGUAUGUUGCCACUUUUGCGUAUCGUAAGACUCAACUGGUCAUACGGUAAAUUAUGAUUUGUCAUAUUAAAGCGCUCUAACUUGAUAGUCGAUCGUUCCUCGUGUAUACCAAACGGUUAUUUUCCAAACUUUUGAUGUAAAAUGAUUUUUUUUU